AUGCAUUACCCUGUGUUAGAAGAAUCUCAAUCAUCUGAGGACAACAAGAGAGUGAAGAAAGCAACUCAAUUUGCGGAGAUGGAGGUGGACGCCAAGAAAAAGAUCAAAAAGGAGAAAAAAUCCAGCAAAAAGACUAAUUUAGCUUCCGAGCCUGAUCCAGACGAUUCUAAUUCCAACCCUAACCCCAAAAAAUGGAAAGGAAAGAAGCGAAAGGCACUGGAGUUUUGCGGCGGCGAAGAUGGUGGUGAUGAGGAGAAGAGCGAGACUAGCUCCGAGCAGAUGAAACAUUCGGGUAAGAAGAAAAAGAAGACGAUGAAGCUCGAGGAAAAUGGAGUAGUGGACGAGAAAGAGGAGAAUCCGAUUGCAGUUUUGAAUUUCCGCAUCUCAAAGCCGCUGAGGGAUGCUCUCAAGGCGAAGAGAAUUGAAUCUCUGUUUCCGAUUCAGGCCAUGACAUUUGAUUUGAUACUUGAUGGUUCUGAUUUGGUUGGAAGGGCACGCACUGGGAGGACUGGAUAUGGGAGGCCACCUAUUGUUCUUGUGCUUUUACCCACUAGGGAACUUGCCAUCCAGGAUCACUUACAGGACGGACGUAUUGACUUUAGAGCACUGAAGUUCCGGGUUCUUGAUGAGGCCGAUGAAAUGUUGAGAAUGGGUUUUGUUGAAGAUGUUGAAUUUAUUCUAGGCAAGGUAGAAGAUGCCAGCAAAGUCCAGACGCUUCUAUUCAGUGCCACUUUGCCACCAUGGGUUAAGCAAAUAUCUGCAAAAUUUUUAAACCGGACAAGAACUGCUGACCUUGUUGGUAAUGACAAAAUGAAGGCUAGCACCAGUGUAAGGCACCUUGUUCUUCCUUGCUCUGUUUCAGCUAGAUCUCAGCUGAUUUCUGAUAUCAUUCGCUGCUAUGGUUUUUCUGUCUGUGGUGGUCGCACUAUUAUUUUCACUAAGACCAGGAAUUCUGCUUCCACACUUGCUGGAGUACUUCCUGGAGCUCGUGCUUUGCACGGUGACAUCCAGCAGACUACUCCUGAGGUUACACUUGCUGGAUUUAGAUCUGGUAAAUUUUUUACUCUUGUAGCUACAAAUGUAGAGGCACGAGGAUUGGAUAUUGAUGACAUGCAGUUAAUUAUUCAGUGUGAGCCCCCUCGUGACGUGGAGGCAUACAUUCAUCGGUCUGGGAGAACAGGGAGAGCCGGGGAAAGUGGUGUUGCUGUGAUGCUUUAUGAACCCCGAAAAUCAAAUUUCUCUAGGAUAGAAAGAGAAUCGGGUGUCAAGUUCGAACAUAUAUCUGCUCCACAGCCAGCUGAUAUAGCAAAAACUGCUGGUGCUGAAGCUGCAGAUAAAAUAAACGAGAUAUCAGAUAGUGUGGUUCCUGUGUACAAGGCUGCUGCUGAAGAGCUUCUAAACUCUUCCUAUCUAUCCGCAGUUGACUUACUUGCUAAGGCUGCUGGUUAUAUUGAGAUCAAGACCCGUUCGCUGCUCAUUUCUAUGGAGAACUAUGUUACUGUAAAACUCGAGUGUGGAAAACCCGUUUCUACUCAAUCCUUUGCUUAUGGAGUUCUGCGGAGAUUUUUACCGGAACAUAUAGUUGAGUCAAUCAAGGAUGUUGCCGUGACGGCUGAUGGCAGGGGAGCUGUGUUUGAUGUGGCUGCCAAUGAUCUUGACACUUUCCUUGAAGUCGAUCUUAGAGCUCAGGUCAUGGAACUUGGUCCUCCCAAGUGGCUUCGUCAGAAUGUUGCCCAGUUACUCUUCGCUCUUGAUGAAAACGACAUUAUCAAGCCUUCCCCUGAAUACUUCCAGACGAAAUGA